AUGCCCGGACAAGCCGCCGUGGUCUCGAUUCAGUAUCGACUCACUGGGUUUGGCUUAUUUGGAGGCUCCCAAAUCGCCGAGAGUGGAAGUUCGAACGCGGGACUUCAGGACCAGAGGCUUGCAUUGAAUUGGGUGCAGCGAUACACCGCAUCAUUCGGUGGAGACCCGGAGAGGGUGAUCAUUAAUGGUGGUUCUGCCGGAGGCGGCAGCGUAAUCUACCAGCUUCUUUACAAUGGGGACGAGCAUCAACCUCCUUAUGCAGCCGCCGUUGCCGAGUUUCCUGGGCUGCCAACUCUUCUAAACUCAAGUCAGUUGGAGGUUCAGUUUCUACUAGCUCUCUCAGAAGCAGAUUGUUCGGACAUUAGUUGUCUCCUCCAUAGCGGAGGAAGAAUGCACUGA